AUGAGCUCGCCAGGCGGCCCUCCUCCUCCCCCGCUGCUUCCCAUCUCGCUGCGACGAUGGCGUGAUGCCGCGGCCGAGCUGGGCAUGGUGCUCCGGAGCGUGUUGGGCCCCGGCGCGGCGCGGCUCCUCUUCUACCCGACGCUGCUGUACACGCUGGCGAGGGAGCGCGUGCCCGGCUCGCGGAGGCCCUGGUUCAGCCGCAUCGACCACGCCGUCCUCCUCGGGGCCCUGCCGCUCAGGGGACGCUGCCGACAGCUGGUAGAUGAAGAGAAUGUUCGUGGAGUGGUCACCAUGAAUGAAGAGUAUGAGACUCGCUUCCUGUGUUGCUCCCCCCAGGAAUGGGAGGCGAUGGGAGUAGAACAGCUGCGCCUUAGUACUGUGGACCUAACUGGAGUCCCCUCAAUGGAAAACCUGCACAAAGGUGUUGAGUUUCUACUGAAGCAUCGUGAACGCGGGAAUAGUGUUUACGUGCACUGCAAAGCUGGCCGCUUUCGCAGUGCCACUAUGGUGGCUGCUUACUUAAUUCAGAUUCACCAGUGGAGCCCUCAAGAAGCAAUAGAAGCCAUUGCUAAGAUCCGUCCUCAUAUCAUUGUCCGCAAUAAACAAGUUCAGUUGCUAGAGGACUUUCAUAAGUGCGUAACAGUUGGAAGUCCAACACAAUCAGAGCAAAAACUACAAGAUGGAGAACACAAAUCACCAGAGCAGAUGGAGAAUAAUCGUCUGAAAACACCUGGUUCCUAAGAUGUUAUUUAGGAAUGGACUACAGUUGUUUCAGAUAAGGAAGGGGAUGAUCAUGACGGCUAAGUCCUGCAUUAUAUUCUCACAGUGGCCAACUUGAUGAUUAUGGGUCAGCUACAAGCAAUGGCACCCUCCUGCUUCUAUUUCUCUGCAACUGGAACUAAGAAUCAUACUGUCUUUGAAAACGGAGUUGUCUUCUUUCAUUAGUUGGUCUAAGGCUCAAAGCUGGUGACCAUCAUAACAUCCUGUAUUGAACUGUAUAAUUUGGUGUAAAGAGUACCUCCUUUUCUCUAA